UCGUUUGCUAUUUUAUUUCCAAGUGGAGGAACGAGUCUUUAGUUGCGUGUUUUACAAAUUCCGCCGGAGCUUCCUUUGCUCGCUCGCUCGCUCGCUGCACAAAUUGCUACACUUACCAGGACUUUUACUUCGACAUUUCAUUCCUCGGUUGUCUCACAUAUUGGAUUUCGCCGGAUUCUUCCUAGCUCACUGCCGGCUGGUGUCUGCUUUGAUUUGCUCACGUUUCGGGAGAUGCGCUCUCCCGAGCUUUGAGGAUUGCUCGAUCGGAAGUGGUGUCUGGAGGGAUUCCGUUACUAAGGCUGUUGUUGAUAGGUUGGCUUGUUUUUUUUUUUUUUUUUUUUUUUUUUUUUUUUUUUUUUACUGCUGGGACUGGUUGCAAUCGCGGAGGUUGGAUGAGGGAAGGGUCUUUGUGACGGGUGCGAUGGUUUGAUGAGUUCGAGUUGCUGUUGAAGCGAGGCUCGGUCUAAUUCGGGCGCACGUUAGGAAAGCGUGUGUUGGUGAUAAAUUCGUUCUCGAUAGCGUGCGGGAGUGUUUCUCAAUCUAGGGUGCAAAUUCGUUCGAUUGAGGGGGUGUCGAUUGCUGAAUCGCGAUGGGAAUAUGGGACUACUUCCUCAACUGGCUCCGCAGUCUCUUUUUCAAACAAGAGAUGGAGCUGUCUUUGAUAGGGCUGCAUAACGCCGGAAAAACCUCUCUCGUCAAUGUCAUUGCGUCCGGUGGCUUCACUGAAGACAUGAUACCCACGGUGGGGUUCAACAUGCGUAAGGUGACGAAAGGCAGUGUAACCAUCAAGCUUUGGGAUCUCGGUGGUCAACCUCGUUUCCGAAGCAUGUGGGAGCGAUAUUGUCGUGGUGUUUCUGUAAUUGUGUAUGUCGUGGACGCAGCGGACAGAGAGAAUGUGGCCAUCUCCAAGAAUGAGCUGCACGACUUGUUGAACAAGCCUUCACUUCAUGGAAUUCCCUUGCUUGUACUGGGCAACAAAAUCGAUAAGCUUGAAGCACUUACUAAGAAGGCGCUAAUUGAACAGAUGGAGCUUUCCGGACUUACAGAUAGGGAGGUUGCUUGCUACGCCAUUUCAUGCAAAAAUUCUACCAAUAUUGAUAUUGUUAUCGAUUGGCUUGUCAAGCAUUCGAAGUCCAAGAGCUGAUACCGCCCUUGUUACUACUACAAAAGUUGGAGCUAAUACCAGAAUGUAGAUAAACUGAGUGACGGGAGUCGAAGCUGAAGCAAUUUCCUCUCCUGACUAUCAGGUCGUGCACCACAUGUGUCUGACGUGCGUAGGUUUUGUGAAGAGAUUGACGUGGGGUCCUACUACAUGAGUUGGGGAUUCGUGAAGGCUCAUGCUCUGAUGACAUGAGGUCCUACAUCAUAUGCUUCUCUUUGUAAAUUAGUUGCUGCCAAAGUCAGUGUAGUGUUCAUCUACACUUUAUGGUUACAAACAUGCAGAUUUUUAUCCUCAAAUUUGAGAGGUGUCCCUGAAAAUUCUAAAAAAUAAUUUUGAGACAUUGUUUGUUCUCAAACUUUGAGCUUCCAAUGUCGGUAUUCAAAGCA